CACCACCCGGCGAAGAUGGCGGCGCCCGCGCUGGGCGCCCAGGAAGCCGCCGCCGCCGCCCACAUGCUCUCGCUGCCGGCCGAGGCCUUCGGGAACGACCCCAACGUGGAGAUGGUGUGGGCCGUGAAGGCCUAUCAGCACGCCCAGGUCUACUUCAACCUCAUUUCCUCCGUGGACCCGAAGUUCCUGAAACUGACCAAAGCGGAUGACCAGAUCUACUCGGACUUCCGGAAGAGAUUCAGCGACCUUAAAAUCGAUGUGCUCGACUCAGAGGAUAUGAAAUCCGGACCUGCCAAAGAGAAAUGGCGUCCGUUCUGCUUACAGUUUGAUGGGGUGGUUGAGGACUUUAAUUACGGCACUCUCCUGCGGCUGGAUUGCAGCAGAGGCUACACCGAGGAGAACACAGUAUUUGCCACCAGGAUCCAAUUCUUUGCCAUUGAAAUAGCCCGUAACCGAGAGGGCUACAACAGUGUUGUUUAUGACAGUGCCAAGGAAGCCAACUUGGGCACAGAAGUGGUUAGCUCUGGCUAAAGUCUUCUCUCAAGAGACAGGGCAAUAUAUUCAAAAGGAAAAAAAGGACCGUAACUUUACUUCAGCAUCAACUCCAGUUGAGCAACGGACUUUUCCUCUUCCACAGCAAGCAUAAAAGCACAACUGCAGCUGGAAUUGUUUAAGAUGCCCAAAGGAUUGAAAUCAUGGAUAUAAUGGUGAUGUAUUUGUGGGCUCAAGUGUAGCAACCGGUUUUUGUACCUUUUACAGUCUGUAACAUUCUAGAAAUGAACUCAAAUUAUUAAAACUUACAAAUGAAAAUCAGAA